AUGCUCUAUUUGAGUUUAAUAGCAGCUAUAUUGUCCUCAGCUCUCAUUUCUAUUGCUGUAUAUUUAAGAUCUACACGUUGGCAAGCAAAAAAGGCACCAAAUCACAUUAUAAGCUUUGAUGGCAGCUUCAGCGAGACUACAGAGGUUGUCAUAGUCGGAGCAGGGAUCCUUGGCUCUUCCUUGGCUGCAGUGUUAGCUAGAGAUGGUAGGAAAGUGUGCCUCAUUGAAAGAGACAUGUCAGAACCUGAUAGAAUUGUAGGAGAACUACUACAACCUGGUGGUUUUCAUGCUUUAAAGAAACUAGGACUGGAGGGCUCUCUUGAAGGCACAGACUGUCAUACUGUCUUUGGCUAUGUCGUUCAUGAUUGUAAUUCGAAUACUUCUGUUGCCCUCAGCUAUCCUGUUAACAUUGCUACUGGAGAGAUUGAGACUGGGAAGUCAUUUCAUCAUGGCCGGUUUGUGUCUGGUCUGAGGAAACAAGCAAUCGAAGAACCAAAUGUUAGCAUCAUUGAAGGAACAGCUCAGUAUCUAAUUGAAGAUGAUAGCAAUGCCAUUGUGGGUGUUCAGUACAAAGAAAAAGAUGGCGAAAAGAUAAAAACUAUAAAGGCCGAUUUGACCUUUAUUGCUGAUGGAUGCUUCUCAAAGUUUCGUAAAGACCUUGUUUCAUCAUCGGUGACAGUUGCUUCUAAUUUUGUUGGGGUUAUAAUGCAUAAUGUGCCUCAAUACAAAAAAGGCCAUGCUGAGAUUGUUUUAAGCAAUGUAGGAGGGCCCAUUCUCAUCUAUCAAAUAUCAAGCACUUGUACUAGGGUAUUGGUUGAUGUGCCAAGUAAAGUUCCAUCAGAUCUGAAGGAGUACAUGAUUUCAAUCAUUGCUCCACAGUUGCCAGAUCAUAUUCGUGGGCCAUUCUUGAAAAGCGUCAAAGAGCAAAGGCUACGGACGAUGCCUAAUAGUUUUUUACCACCAAAAGCAAUCUACAAACCAGGUGUACUUAUACUUGGGGAUGCUUUCAACAUGCGCCAUCCAUUAACUGGUGCUGGCAUGAGCGUUGCUUUGAAUGAUAUAGUACUGCUUAGACAAGUUCUUCAAGAUAUGCCUAGCCUCAAUGAGCAUUAUAUCCUGCAAAGGGUUUAUGAGCGUUUUCUUUGGAAAAGAAAGAAUUCGCAUUCAUUUGUUAUUAACAUCUUAGCACAGGCCCUGUAUGCUGUAUUUUCAUCUCAUGAAGGAUGUAUGAAUGAAAUGAGACAGGCUUGUUUUGAAUACUUUAAACUAGGUGGAAUGGCACUUUCUGGGCCUGUAGGACUACUAUCAGUUUUACAUCCAUCUCCAGUUGUGCUGGUGGGUCAUUUCUUUGCAGUUGCUUUCUAUGCAAUUUAUCGCGAGGCAAAGAAAGGUUUAGCAUCACUCAGGCCCGAUAAAGCAGUUUUUAAUUCUUUUAUGAUUUUUUACGGGGCUUGCAAAAUAAUGUUUCCAUUGUUGGCCUCAGAAUUGGAAUUCCUAUGGAGGAAAAGAUGACUUUUUAUAAACAAUACAAUUUUUAUUGAUGUCUAUUUAUGAAU